UAUUGAACGUCAAAAGAAAUUGGACUAGUGAUGGGUUAUUCGGAAAGAGAGGCGAGACCGUGAGAGUUCGAGAAUGAAGUGCUACUUCCACAACACUGCUAACUGCUAAGUGCUAACUAAGUGGAUGCUCCUCUAGUCCUCUGUUACACCACAAAUUGAAAAAGGAAACGAAGUUUAAUACGAAUAUAAGAAACCCAGAUAUUGGAAAACGAAAAAAUAAAUACCUGAUAUAUGAACUUUAGUUCAGAAAAAAAAAGGACCAGAAAUAAGAGAAGAGAGUAAAAUUGCAGAAAGAUUAUUACUUUGGAGAGAGGUUGUAUGAAUUCCUUCUUCUCAGAGAACAUUUCUAUUGGUCAGAGGUGGCUUUAAUUCUGGAGUCGGUAUUACGGACAAAAAUGGAGAAGAUUCCUGCUGCUUGUGCUAUGGGCUGGAGUAUUGAGCUUGAGAAAGGGCUGCGGUCUAGGAAGCCUGGUCAUUCUAUUGAGGCAAUAAACUUGAUUGGUCCUAGACUAAAGCAGUGGAGUAGGGAGCCACAAACCACAAUGGCUGUGUAUAACAUGUAUGCCUUAGUUCCUGGGGAGGAUAGGCUGUUUGCAGAUACGAUUCUCCUUAGGCUUGCAGACGCAUUUGUAUCAGGGAACAGAGAAACCAAGAUUUCUGUCAUGAGAGUGUUCUUGUCAAUUCUUAGGCAGUGCAAGAGAAAUGACAGACAAGCACAUGGAAUUUUUACAAACAUGUCUCUGGAAAACAGACUGGAGCUUUUGAGAAGAGUUAAGGUGGUUCUUACUGCUGAGAGUGUUGAGUCCAGGGCAUUGACUUUAGUUCUGCUUGGAUGUUGGGCUGAUAUUGCUACAGAUGUUGCUGAAAUACGACAUGCAAUACUAUCUACAUUGCUCUCUUGUCAUGUCUUGGAGGUUAAAGCGUCAUUGUUUGCUGCUGGGUGCUAUUCAGAAAAUUCUGAUGACUUUGCAUCUGUUUUCUUGGAGAGUCUGCUCAAACUAAUGAAUUCAUCGAAAACCUUGCCAGCUUUAAGAAUUUGCGGUGCACGGACUUUUUCUAAGAUGGGAUGCUCAACUGUACUUGCUAUGAAAGCAUACAAGGCUGGUGCAGAACUUGUAAGUAAAACGUCAGAAGAGGAUAUUUUGGCCACGAUGUUGAUCUCUCUCACAAAGCUUUCUUUGAAAGCAUCCAUUUUGAUUACUGAUCAGGUAUACUUGCUUAGUUCAAUUCUGGAUCAGAAACCAAGCCCAUCCUUACAGGCUACAGUACUUAGAUGCAUGUAUAAUAUUGUAGAGGAAGCAGCAUGCUUUCUUCCUGGUAGUGCUCUCCCAUUUCAGAAUCUGUUCAGAAUGCUUGACGAACCAAAUUUGCCUUCUGCUUUGUAUUGUGAAGUACUACAGAUUUUUCUCAAGAUGCUUGCAUAUGCGUUACCUGAUAUGAUAGUUGCAGACGACUUCAUGAAGCUAUUGAAAUUUGUGGAGGAUGCAACUCGUUCUCCAGUAUUUUCUACGAGACUAUUAGCUUUCCAAAUUUUGGUGCAUAUAUCUAAUAAGCUGAAGGGAAAGGAUGAGAUAAUGGUGGAGGUUAAUUCUAUUACUAAUCCCACUGGAAUUGUGUCAGCUAUUAGCGAUCAGAUAACUCUGUUGGUGAAACUGGUGCCAGGUGGUACCUCUAGCGCUGAAGUAGAGCAAGAACUAGGAAGCAUGCUCAAAGUGCUACUUUUAUUGUUUGAGAAUCAUUCAGAAUUGGGUUCUUUCAUACUGAAUAAACUAAACUCUAUCAUCAAGAAUAUGGCAAAUUCACAAAACAUGCCUUCCUCCGCAAUACAGGUUUCUGAGAUACACAAAGCUGUUAAUGCUGGGAUAAAACAAAAUUUUCCUAUGCGUGUGGUGAUGUUUUACAUCUAUAGAUUUAUGGUGGCGUUCCUUGAAAUUCUGGAUGAUUAUGGUGCUAUCACUAAUGAGAUAAUUAGCAAAUUGAGGCAACUGGGUUCCUUUGUUUGUAACAGCAUUGUAUUCGAUUGUUCAACCCACACAUUUUUUGCCCUUCUACAGCAUUAUCUUGUCAAUUGGAGCUUACCAUCUGAGGACCACUCGAGCUUUUCUUCUCAAGGACUGAGUGGAUCUCCUAAGAGUUUGCUUGAUAGUGAAACACUCAUCCAUGGAUGUGCAAAGAACAUACUUGCAGGAGGGGAUAAUUGGUGUGCCUACAAAGUUGGAAGAUAUGCUGCCUGUCAGGGAGAAUGGUACGUUGCUAGUUUUAUUUUCCAACAUCUAGAAGAACGAGUUCAGUCUGAUUUUUGCUGCCAGUGGUUAAAAUUCUUAGUUAAAUACACCAAUGUUGAGAAGAAUGUCAAGGUGCUGCUUGAGCAAUCGUCCCACUGUUUGCCUCUGGACCGUGUUUUGGUGCCGUCUGCUGCGGAUAAUAGUCCGAUGGGUAUUAUCUCAAAUGAAUAUAUUGAAAAACUAGUUGAUGCUUUUGAGGAUGUUUCUUUAUCUGACAAGAUUUUGGAAGCUAUUUCCUUACAAACGCAAACCCUUUGUUUCCAAAGAUGGUUCACAGCUUUAAGGCUGAAGGUUUUGCUUGUACUGGGUGAUAUACUUAAACUCUUAAAAGGUUGCCUAGAUUCUAAGACUGGCCUCUUCAAUAAGCACACUGGGGGAAAUGAUUUUACUGAUGGUGAACCUUCUUCCCAAAAGAUGAAAGAGGUGAUGUCUUCUCUGGCUGUAGUAUCUGCAAGACUAGCUAGUCUUGCAGAAGAAUAUGAUUUGAUCUCCUCAUCUUUCAUUGACCUGGAUCCGGAAAGCUUAAAAGUAAUUUCAGCUCUUGCAUUCAGUUGUUCAUUGUUGGCCUUCUGCACAGCAUUUACUAAUUUGAUUGCAAAUUCACCUGUUUUUGCCGAUCUGACAAAAGAAUCAGGCUAUUGCCAGACUGUUAUUAUAAAAGAUUUAGCUUUGCGUUUGUGUUAUAUAGACUCCGAGACCUGUAUGAAUCUCAUGUCAUUCUUCAAAGAAUAUCAAUUGCAUGAGAGAUCUGUGCAAUUUCUGCCUGGAUUUCGGAUGUCAAGAGUUGGUCAUCUCUCAAAAGAUAUUCUUACAUUGUGUAGAUCUAGUAUUAGGCAGUUUAUCGGAUUGCAGAACGAGUGUCUGAAUGUCGAAGAUGAAGACACAGUGUGGCAAGUUUACAAGGAUCAUAUGCAACUUCUGUUGAAUAUAGUUGCAGCAUGGAUGCAUAUCCCUUUCAGGGUUCCCAAGUACUUCUUCAGAGUAAGGCCUACUGUCGGUUCUCUGCUUGUUUCUGUAAAUGCUGGUAGCAGAAAACAGAACGAGUUAUAUGUCUCGAGGGGAUCCCACUUAGCACUCAAUCUGAGUAUUCUGCUUAAGAAUGUGACAUCAGAUGUUUCAUCAAGAUUCUCCAAGAUUCAUUGCGUCCUUCAUUGCAAAACAUCAUUUUUGGGGACAAGACGUAUUGGACAGCCCAGCAGAGAAGGAUGGACAGGUUAUCAAGCAUCAGAAACAGAUAUUGCAAUAGAGUUGAAUAAGAAAUUGCGGUGCCAUAUCAUGAAGCGGAACCGAGAAUUCAUGAACUGUUCGGACCAUCAAAGUGACAGUAAGACGGUGGAGACGUGUGUAUGUUUUGAAACAAAUGGCACAUCCCAGGGGUUCUCGAAUUGCCUGUUGGAUGUUUCUGCUUUUCCUGUUGGUUCCUAUAGAAUUCACUGGCAUAGUGGCGGUAUUGACCAUCAAGGAACUUAUUGGAGCUUCCUACCACUGAGUCCUUGUCCUGAGUUCAGUGUGAGAUGACCAUCUUAAAGUGCCCUUCCGGAGAAGUCCCAGUGAAACGUGUGGUUCAAAGUGAACGAUCAAAUCCUCAAUGCCUUUUUUACACUCGUGUGCUUGUUUCAACACCCUCAAAGAUUUUACCAUUUGGCAUUACUCUUGAGGUGGAAUCCGCGAGACAUUUCUAAGCUAAGAAAGACUUACUGCAAGAAUGGUACUCACAAGUCCCAUGCAUGGGUACAUAUGCUAGUUGUUAUUCUGCUUCUUCAUUUGAAUUGUUUUGCUUAAUGUAGCCUAUGUGGUCUUAACGUGGGAUACAAACGAUCUGAGAGGCCUCUACUUGGAGUUGCAAUUUGUAUCUCAGUUGCCAUAGCUGCAACAACUAUAGCAGAAAUUUACACAAUGUUAUCCCCUUAGGAAAGGAGUAUGAAGAUGAUCUCCCUGUUGAUGAGGAACCCAUGUUCCUAUGACUGCGGCAUGUGAAAGUAUGAACAUUUUGAGGUCAAAUUUUCUAGAGAAGAGGUUGUCCUUUGCGGUGAGAGAAGAUGGAAAGAUUUCAACCAACAUGAGAGGUGGAAUUUUCUGAUAUGCGGGAUGAUAUUUCUGUAUUUUUGCAACUUCUGUGGUUAUGGAUGGAACAUGGAGAGUUUAGGAUUUAGGAAUAAGUAUGCUCCCAUUGCAACUUUCAUCUUGUUUUGUUCUGCCCCAUUUUGGAUUUUCAAUUUGGUUGGCCUCAAUGCCUAUAAUGGCAGUGUUAGGCAGGCUUUAGGACUUACUGGGUUCUUACUUUGUGGGUUUGGUUUACUCUACAGUGGUUACGUAUGAGGAAGAGGUUUAACUUGUCUGGGCAUACAUCUUGUUGCAGCAAUCCUGCUAUUUCUGAUUGUGCUUUUGUGAUUUUGCUGUGGUUGGUGCUCACUUGCACAGGAGGUGUGAUUGCAAACAGCAAAUUUCUAUGAUAUUGCUCAAGACAAGUUGUAUAGGAAACAACACAAUGAAAAUGGCGAGCUAGGGUGCUCAGAAUUGUCUUUUGAAGAUGGAGAAAUGACUGACAGCAACAAUCUGUCCCUAAGCUCUCAGGUGUUCCCGUCUGACGGCUCCAUGAUCGUAAGAGCAAAUUCCAGUUCUGAAAGAACAGAAGAAGACUCGAUAAGGGAAAGUACGUCCAAACUCGCCCUUAAUGAUUGACGGAGAAGGCAAAUAGCAUGGUCAUUGCAUAAUUGUAAAGAGAUGCAUCGUAGAUGGUUGAGGUUUUUAACUAAUAUGCAUUUUCAAUAUAGGCUUGGAAUGGGAUCACAAUUUUGUGUGUAAGACAAAAUGCUACUUCAUGUGUGCUCCAUAUUUAUCACAUUUCUUGAGUCUACUAGUACCAUAUAUUUCAAAUCAUACUGCAUUAUAAAGCAAGUUUUGAGCAUUAGAGUGAGAUUUACAUAACACGACAUACUCAUAUAUCCAUGUUAUUUGGAAUUAUUGGAAUUAUUGGAAAGUUGGAAUGUUAAAUGUAGGUGUAUCUUUUCGUGUGCA